CGUUUCCUUAUUCUGAUAUUUUGCAGUUCUGAUACGGAGUUUUCAAUAACAUUGAAUGGCAAGGAUGCUCUUACAGAAGAUGAGAAGACUUUAGCUUCAUAUGGGAUUGUUCCUGGUGAUUUGAUAUGUUUAUUACUAGAAGAAACAGUUGCCAAAUCCAGCCUACCUCCUCCCUCAUCUUCAAGUCCUCCCUCACUUCAGAAUGGUCGUGAGACAUCCACCUUGACUCCCAAAAGUCAGGCUGACAGUCCAAAAGAAGAAAGGCAGAAUGAACAGUGUGACAACCAGAAAGCUCAAGUGGAAGCUCAGAAGAGUGACAGUAGGGCAGGAUCCAGCCUAGAAUUUCCUUCAGGAUUAGUCCCAGAAGAUGUUGAUCUGGACGAAGGUGCCGGUUCCUAUCCUUCCGAACCUAUGCUGUGCAGUGAGGCUGCUGACGGAGAGAUUCCGCAUUCCUUAGAGGUGCUCUACCUUUCUGCUGAGUGUACCAGUGCCACUGAUGCCUUGAUUGUCCUCGUACAUCUUCUCAUGAUGGAGACAGGCUAUGUUCCUCAGGGGACAGAAGCCAAGGCAGUGUCUAUGCCAGAGAAAUGGAGAGGGAAUGGUGUUUACAAGCUACAGUACACGCAUCCCCUUUGCGAAGAGGGUUCUGCUGGUUUGACUUGUGUGCCUUUGGGAGAUCUUGUUGCUAUUAAUGCAACAUUAAAAAUCAACAGAGAGAUUAAAGGUGUGAAGAGAAUACAGCUGCUGCCAGCAUCCUUUGUUUGCUUUCAGGAACCAGAAAAGGUUGCGGGUGUUUACAAAGACCUUCAGAAAUUAUCUCGUCUCUUUAAAGACCAGCUCGUUUAUUCUCUUCUGGCUGCUGCUCGACAAGGUGAGAGAGAUGAUACUUAAUUUUUGUGAAUGGAA